AGACAUAUUACUGAAAGUUAUUUUCUGGAUUCAAUUACAUUUUCUCACGCUCGCCCUUGCUUAUUAUUUUUUUUCAGCACCCAUUAAAAACUGGACGGUCCGCUUAUCAGAUUUUGUCUGAGACAGUGAUGGUUUUCACACAAGGGUCCACACAGGUGCUGAGACUGUGCAGACAUCAAAUGGUUCAUUGUUCAUUGUUGGGGCAACUCAUCGGAUAAUACUGCAUCACAACGCCAGGGGACUGUAAGGUGUCAGCAUGGACUCUUUGAUCCGUGCAACUAACAGCUGUGGCACUUCGGAUAAAAAAUACAAUCCUGUUUUUUUUUUUUAAAUGAAACAGCGAGACAAGCUGAUUUCUACCUUGACAACUGAUUAAGACGACUCCACUCAAUCGGCCAUAAUCUUGUAACAAGAGCGAGAAACCCUUCCUCGUUCCUGGUGUAUUGUUUGAUUUCAAACCGAACAAUCUUCCGUGUGGAAGAGGAAAAAAAAAGAAGCCAAAUAGAAAAGGCGAGAGAGAGAAAGAGAGGCCGUCUGUGUUCACCAUGUGGCUCUCCGUGAUGCUGCUGCUGGUCUGCAGCAGCCAGGCUACUCAUUUUUAUGGAACAGUGAUGACUUACUACCCCAAAAACACCAGCGCUGCCGGAUCUGUCACGGUGGUCCUGCGCUACAAGCUGAACUUCCACUCCUGCACAAAUUUAAAUUGGACAUGUCUCAGCGGUGACUGUGGGACUGAGAGCUUACAGCUGAACACUGUUGACAUGGAAAACAGUGGAGAGUGGUGCCAGACAGAAGGGAUCUCGACUCGGCUGCUUCCCAGCAACGCUCCGUUUCAGCUGUGGUUUAAUGGUGGUAACUGGAUAGAUAACAUCGUAAAUGGCAUCACAUCAUGGAGAGCUGUGACUCUGGUGGAGCUGAGGAGCCGGUCGGACACCGGCCAGGCCAACAGAUCACCUCAGACCACCAUCCUGCCAGCUGUCAGAGUUCCUUCAAACUGUCAGAGAGAUUUCAACCUGUUGGCGUUUGACCCUGACGGAGACGAGGUUAAAUGCAGAUAUGGAAACACAACGUUAGAGUGUAACCUCUGCACACCGCCGUCUGUUCUCAGCCUCUCACCUUCUUGUACUUUGUCAUUCAGCCCCACCAACAGCAGUAAUCAAGGUCCAUACGCCGUACAGCUGGUGAUGGAGGACUUUCCCAGGCAGACUAUCAACCUGACUGACACUAACGGGUGCAGACGAGGAUAACUACCAACAACACUAUAAGCAAACUACCUGUUCAGUUUGUUUUAAGGGUGGAUCCUGUGGUGCCAUCCUGCACAGAGGGACUCUAUCUGCCCAGGUUUCUGCCUCCAACUCCAGCCAACAGAGCUCAGCUGUACACCCCUGUCAAUCAGGCCCUGGAAAUCAGCAUCAAUGCAGUGGCAAAUAAUUCCAAUGUGACUGAGCUGCUGUUCAGCGGGCCGUACAACACGAACCAGACUGCAACAGGAACUGGACAGUUCAUCCUGAGAUGGACGCCGUCCCAAAACCAAGAUGGAGAAAGCCACCCCAUCUGUUUUGUCGUCCAGGCAAUUUCUAAUUCAGUCAAGUAUCACUCGGAGCUACGAUGUGUCAUUGUGAGCGUUGGAAAUGUUGUCAUAGGUCUGAGAGUGAGGAUUUCUUCUUCGUCUCCACUGUCUGACGACUACAUCAAGAAUACCGUCAUGCAACAGUUUAAAAAUGAAUUUGUGAGACGCGGAAUGCCAUCAAACUUCAUUCUGAGCUUCGUGAGGAGAGUGUAACUGGAAGUUACAACCACAGGGACCCCUGCUGGUUCAACGCGAUCAUGUAUUGACUCCUGCAGGGAAAACUUGUUUUGCUUGCCAGAGCUAAAACAACAGCUUUUCUGUUGUUUUUAAUUAGCUGAAUUGAUUUUUUCCAUUGUAUUGUUAUACAUUAUUUUUUUUGAAAAUGAACAUAUUUUUUAGAUCCCUCUGGGAAAACGGACAUUUUCAGAUUUACUGCCAGUGUGUGUGGAAACUCUUCGAUUAUUCACAUUAUCUGAUUUAAGGCUCAUUUGCGAAUGAGUCCUGUUGAGCAUCAAAGUCAAGAAUUUUUUUUUUUUAACAUGUGGUUCAAACUUUCAUUCUUGACCUUGGAAACAGCAGUUGAGAAAUAAAUCUCCCCACGAGGUCCAUUUAGUAGCUGUUCUGGAGCUUUUGAUCAUAUCACAUCAUCUUAUCUUCUUGACAUGGAAUUAUAGAUUUUUUCCAUUUUUUAUUUGUUUUUACCAUGUGUAAACCUUUACUACUGUUACUAUUGUUAGUGUAUAAAAUAAUCACUGGGAUGCUAUAUUAUUAUGUAUGACACUUUUAAAUCUUUGUUAUCUAACUUUAUUGUAUCUCAUCAGAUUACCUCAGGGACACUGCCCAGGUUGUUUUCUCUGGGGGCGGCUUGAACACUUUGUUACGGUCAUUUUCAACUCUGCAUUUGAUCUGUAUACAGUCUGAAACUGAGCUACUCGUCUCUUUCUUCUGUCUCGUACCGAACAUAUUGCUGUUCAUGUUAAAGCAGGGGCUCAUCCCUAUGUUCCUAGGUCCUUUGUCAAAGGGCAAUAAGUAGCCGGUUGCGGUUCAAAUUGCAAAAGAAUAAAGGGAGAUGGACGUUUCAAAUGCAGUUUGAAUGAUAAAAAUCUGUUCAGCCACUGUGGAGAUUUCAAUGUCUACAGUCCAGAAAACUGCCUUGCCUGAAAUUUGAGGGCGUAGGUUUCAAGGAGUAUAACAUCAGUAGGUUAUAAGCCGUAGGUAGGUGAUUUCAACAUAUCGACCCAGGAAACUGCACUGAAAAUUUGAGCUAGGAAAAAAACAUUGCUGAGAACAUAAAGCCCAUUAGAAAGGUCUCCUUAAUGUGUCUGGGGAACAUAGGACCCUGGGAAAAUAGAUACGCUCUCACAAGAAGCAGCCAAACUAAACUCCACAAAAAUGUAUCAGUAGUACACUACUCUUUAAACUGUCUGUGCUCCAGAUCAACCUUUGUUUUUGAUUUAGAAAGAGACAUUUUGGGGUCAUAGAGUUGUUGGUCAUAGCUAAACGGUUUAUGUGGAGAAGUUGUGCCGUUUACGUGCAACUUACUAAAUGUUAGAUGGGAAAUAAAAGCCAUUUUAAGCUCUGAUUUUGCAGAAGAUUUAAUGAUUAAGACAGGGGUAAAUUCAAAAUAUGAGGUGUCUCGUGUGGUGGAUCUGGCCCUCAGGCAAAGUUUGUAACUGUGUUUGAAGGUGUUACAGAGGUUAGAGAAGCAGGCAUCUGAUGACUGCUUGCUUGAAGUAACUCAAACUCCCUAAUUCUGGUCCUGAUACACCAACCCUCAAAGACUAGAACUGUAAAAUCCUGAGGUUGUAAUGGACAGCUUGUAUGUGGAAAGACUCAAGACUGUUGCCUAUAAAUGUAAAAACAGGUUCCUGCUGAAAUAAAAAUUUAUUUUUUAUCUGACUAA